UCUCACCAGUUUAGUCACAUUCAAAAUGCAGCUCUCCAGAAGCUCCCUGUUCCAGGUGUGUUUAAGUCUGGUGGCUACCAUUGGUUCCUGCCACUGUAAACCUAUCAACAAUGACAUCAGAAGGAACAUGGAGGAACUCUACUCUCAGCUCUCAGAGGACCUUCUGGAAGAGGAAGAGACAGAUUCGAGGAUGGAGAACCUCCUGGGAACCAUGAAGGAGGGUUUUCUGAGACAGCUCAACUUGUCAGAUGUUCCUCAGGAGCACAGCAAGAUCAUCCCCCCUCAGUUCAUGAUGGAACUGUACAACAAGUAUGCCUCGGACACCUCGGCAGCCCCUCAGUCUGAUGUCAUACGAAGCUUCACUGUGCAAGAUUUUACUCUCUCUAUGACGAAUGGGACAAAGUCAAAGUACAGGCUGCAGUUCAACAUCAGCAUCCCCAGCCAUGAAAAGAUCACAACUGCUGAGCUGCAGCUUUUCUUCUUCCCAAACGUCAGGCCAAGAGUCACCUCCCACAGUUUCAAGAUCAUGGUUAAAGUCUACAAAGUCGACACGAACAAUUUCACAUCCUCGGCCCAACUGCUGGUGGGCAAAGAGGUGGCAGGCUCUCAGAGCACAUGGACAACGUUUGAUGUGACCACGGCUAUUCAGAGCUGGAUCAAGUCAGGCCCUGCACCAACUGUUUUUGACGUAGCGGUGGAUAUGAAAGAUUGUGGGGAUUCUGGAAGCGGGGCGGCAGGGGCCAGCUGUUUAAACAUGAGCGUGUCCGUCGGCGAUAAUACCUCCGCGGCUUUGAUUGUCUUCUCAAAUGACCUCAGUAACAGGAGGAGGGAGAUGAAGAAGGAACUAAGAGAGAUGAUCCUUCAUGAAGAAGAAACCAUCCUACAUUCAGGGGCUGACUGGAACAGAGGAGAUCAGCUACCAAACGAGAUCCCUGAUUCUCAGCACCCACAGAGAACAAAAAGACGAGCACCGAGGGAAUACUGCCGGCGGACCUCGCUCAAGGUCAACUUUAAAGACAUUGGCUGGGACAGCUGGAUCGUGGCGCCUCGGGAAUAUGAUGCCUUUGAAUGUCGCGGCCAGUGUUACCAUCCACUGACGGAUGAGUCAUCUCCAUCAAAACACGCCCUUAUCCAGACGCUGAUGAACAUGAGGGACCCCAAGAAGGCCAACAUGGCAUGCUGCGUCCCAAUCCAACUUGACCCCAUCACAGUCAUGUAUCAGGAGAAUGGGCGCAUCACUAUAAGAUAUCUGUAUGAAGAGAUGAAGGUAGCAGAGUGUGGCUGCAGGUAGUUUGCCCUUACCCUAGCAAAGGUAAUGAUCAUCCUAAAUUUACAUUUUAUUCCAUUUAGUUCAAUGUUCAAGGAUAACAGGUCAUAUGGCAACUUUCAUGCCCUGUAUUGGUCCAAAAGGUUGUAAAAUAUUCCAGAGGGGGGUUUUUUGUUUUGUUUUUUAAAGUCUUUUCUAUUAAUUCUACUGAUUUUUUUUUUUGAUUGAUCUGUUGAUUCAACUGAUAUAUGCACAUGACUUAUAUGUAGAAAAAAGUUCAGUAGCAAACUAUGGCUUCAUGUGGGAAACGCCACCCUCCCUCGUGGAAGUUCAUAAUAAACGCGCACCACCUGUAUUUAGCUUUAAGUUCUCCAUAUUAUUUUAUUCUUACCGUGAAAAAAGCUGUGAUUAGCUCUUCUAGACUAGAAGGGGUAUUUCUAAUCUAUCAUUGUGGACUAGAAUUCUCUACAGCGUGAAAAGAGAUGUCAUACAAGGCACAGGAGUCUGUUGAUUGUGCUCAAAAUAGCUCCCAUCCCUAGGUUCAAUUUUAAGUUAAGCUAGGAAGAAGCUAAACUUCAAGAUAGGAACUUUUCUAGCAAAUAUUCAAAAUAAAUGAAUACUAAGGAAUAAAGAAUUGCUCUAAACUAUGCACCUAUUUUUUGUCAGAAGUAAUGUCCUAUGCAUAAUUGAUGAAAAACAAAACAAAACCUGGCAAUCACUUAAAUUAAUACCCCAAUGCUAACAGCAUCA